AUGUUAAAGGCAAGCUUAUUGAUUCCUCUGUUGUGCAUUUCCAUCCUCGCCUAUGACUUCCGGUGUCCACAACUGGAGCAGACGACAUCUUGUAAAUGUCGUGGUACGUUCGAGUGGUGGAACAAUCGCAAUGUGUCAAUCCUGAACUGUAGUGCAGUAAGUCUUCAGACAAUUCCCAACUUAUAUGGCGACCAGAGUUCGUACGCGAUAACCAAACUAUAUCUCAAUGGCAAUAACCUGACUCGCAUAAAAGCAAGCGAGUUUCUGCCACUUCAACAGGUAAAUGAAAUCGACCUCAGUAGGAAUGUCAUCGAGACGCUUGAGAACGAUUCAUUAUCACUCGUAUCUCGGCAUUUGACGCGCCUGGUACUUGAAGGGAAUAGGCUAGCAUUAGACGAAGGAUUAUGGUUUUUGAGGGGACUACAUUCCCUUAAUGAGCUCGUGCUUGAUUCUAACACCAUCCAAAAUGAGUAUCACACGUUACCUGGGAUACUGUUCAGAGACCUGCAACUCACAUCGCUCAGAAAACUAAGUAUAAAAAAUUGUGGUAUUUCCAAAGUUACACCUACCGCUUUUUUGGGCCUAGAAGAGGUCGAACAGCUCGACCUCAGCUACAACUAUUUAGAGAGUGUACCGGAAGCUAUAACGGCGAUGAAAAAACUAAAGAAGUUGGUGCUGUAUGAUAACAACAUCGCCGUUCUCAGUGAUCACAGUUUCCGGGGCCUAAGUCUUCUAUCAGAGAUCGAUAUCAGUCUCAAUAUGAUGUCGGAUAUUGAAAGUGACGCGUUUGACGGGUUGGAAGACUCACUCAGAGAACUUAAAUUGUAUUCAAACGCUUUGUCGGCCAUUCCAUCGACUGCACUCCACAAAUUAAGGAAGCUGCAUUUCUUAGUUUUAUCGAAAAAUAACAUCCAAUUUAUUCAAGACAAUGCUUUCAGCGGAUUACCGAACUUGAAAAUGCUGGAGCUGGACUAUAAUCCAUUGAUUUACUACAAUGAAAUGUUUUCGGGUUUAGAGGAUACUCUUGAAACUUUGACCUUAAAAGCAACAAAAUUGACGUCAUUUCCUGUAAAUGCUCUAAUGCCACUAAGGAGGCUAACAGAUUUAGAUCUGUCACGGAACCAGAUAUAUAAACCGAUGGGUAUAGGAAGACUGAGACUGAAAAACUUAGCAUUGGAUCGAAACAAUAUUGUGUCUUUGUCGCCUUCAGCCUUUUCUGGUCUUUCCAGGUCAAUCAGUGUCGAUCUAGAUAAUAAUAAUAUCACAAGUAUUUCGUUUUUAUUGGAGGUGGCGCCUUGCUCGUUUUCCUACCUUGAUUUGGUAGGAAAUCCCGUCAAAUGUGACUGUGACACUGAACGCAUUAUUAACAGUGGUAUGAUUCUGGGGAUUGGGGGCACGUGCACCCUCCCUAACGGUAUGACGUAUGAACUGAAUAGUGGGUCUACUGCCGGGGUCAUUCAACACCUCACUCAAAAGUGUAACACGACAGAAAAGACUCUUAACUGCGUGAACAUGCAGUUCCUAUCCACUUCGUCAGCAGCCAUAAUGCAAUCGAUAUUUGUUUACACGUUAGUGGCAGUGUUGCUAUGUGUUUAUGUAAACUGA